UCUCAGUCUAUUAUUCCUGGCCGAGGAUACCUCAGGAUAUGUAUCGGCGGAACGGCAAGCCCACCUCUUGUGAACCCUGCAGAUUGUCUAAGGUGCGGUGUGAUCAUGCUACGCCAAUCUGUGGUAGAUGUUGUUCCCGACGUAUAUCGGAGAAGGUGAAGACCCUUGUGCUCGGUCCUUUCUCUAGAAAGAUGAAUCUAAAUGCACACAGUGUUAUUAUCACCCUGCUCCCAUGACUCGUCCGGGGACAAAAUAUCGUCACUACCGCAUAAGAAAACAGUCUGCACCGGACCGCUGUAGGAAUGCAUCGCCCGAGAGCCAAAGUACGGCAUCUCUGCCUAGCCAGCCACAGUCUUUAGAGACUGUACUUGAAGACCCAAACAGGGAGCAACCCGAAGGCGCGGAAAGUCCCAACUUUGGGCCAAUCUCUCCGAAAACUUCCCCUGGUACAGACUCUGGUUCAACCGCUCCACCGGAGCCUGGUUCGUCUAGGCUCACAUUAGUGAAAUGCCACUUUAGGAGUCUGCACACAUCGUACUCACAGUAUCAGAAGCUCAUAUUAAACUAUCUUGAUCGCAGCCGGUCUUUCGUCAUCCCCCGGCCAUUAAUUCUUGACCUAUUGUUGACUCUGCCUGAUGUUAUGAAAGAAGAAGAAACUAAUCUUUAUGCUCGCCUAACUCAAAACGCGUGCAGGCCAAUUCCCAUUAUCACCGUAAAUCUGAGUGUAGAGGAAUUUUGUGAGUGGUUUAAAGGUACCAACCUUCGAUGGGAGUUUAUUGGGGUUGUCUUUGCCCUUGCAGGUCUCGCCUCAAUUCAUACCGAGACAGAGAAGCCGUUCAGCAAGGAAUCAUUUGCUGCGGAUAUGUACGCAGCCAGCAGAGCGUGCAUUGAAAUUUGCGAAGAAAACAACCAAAUGAACGAUAUGACCAUUUGGCUACGGCAUACGAAUGUCGCGCUAGCAUCGAACUUGUUCGGGGAUACAAGUAAUGUUUUAUAUCGUUGCUUCAGCUCAUUAACCACGGAGUUAUUUUCUUUGGGUUAUCAUCGCCAGAUAUCGUCACAGGCUGGAGUGCCCUUUUUUAUGUCAGAAACACGCAAAAGAAUCUUUGCUGCUGCUGUCUGUCGGGACAUGAACCUAUCAACGCUCCUGGAAAGGCCACCGUUCAUUGACUGUGACUUCUGUGAUAUGGCGUUUCCAGUAGAUCUGGAUGAAGAAGAAAUAGUGCUGGUUGGAAGUGAACUCGAUGCAGCCUUACGGAAACUGGAUGAGAAUGGAUGGAAAAUCUCUACUGAGAGGGAAAAGUUGCUGCGACCAGCAACAGGGUUACGACUGCGCUAUCUAUUGUCAAAUUUUCGAGCGAAGGUGUUGCGGUUAUCGCUAGGAAAUCGAACAGAAUGUAUGACCCAGAAGUACUUAGAAUUAUACCAAGAGUACGAAGACAUCUGUACCAAGGUUCCAUUGCAAUACCGCUAUGAGAGUAACUUAUGGAACUACAUGAGCCCACAAUCAUGUGUUGUACUGCUGAGCAUCCAUUUAGAUCAUCUCCACUGUGGCUUCCAGAUCGAACGAAUGCUCCAGCAGGAAGGCCAAAAUACCAUCUCUAUGGCCCUUGAUACUUCGAUGAAACUGCUUUCGGGCAUGCUCGACUUAAUGAAACAGCAGGAGCGGUUUGUGGAACUCCGGGAGAGAUUUGCAUGGAUUUUUCUUUUUUAUGGUCUUCCUGGUGCCGGUACUCUUGCAACGGAACUUCAUCAACAUAUACUCAAAGGGAUUCCUUUACCGUCCUCUGUCUCUUGUUCCCGUAUCAUUCGUGAUCUAAGCGUCGCAAUAUCGUGGAUCGAGAACCAGAAAUUUACCAGUUGUGCAGAUUACCAACUAUGCCUUCAAAUCAGCAAGGUAAUUAGUAGACUGUUAGAUGACACCCUGAACCACGGACUAGCCUCCUCCCAAGACACUGCCACCCAGGUGGAUACGGUACAGCGGGAGCAGCACACUGCAGGGGUUUUGAACAUUGAAGGAUCUUUAGACUCUUUGGAUAAGUUCCCACCGUUGUCUGAACCAGUUACUAGCGAAGAAUUCCUCAGUUGGGUUGACGACCUAGUAUGGGAUGGGCAAACCAAUAUAAAUAUGGGGUUCUAAUCACCGUGGUUUUCCCUUUGAUAUUCU